GUAAGUCGGUUCUGAAUCGCUUGGCAAAAGUGAACACGAAAAAUCGCAACGAAAAUCCCACGUACAUACUAUAAUUCCGUUUCGCCUGCACUCUUCUACACCCCCGUACAUGUCAAAUUAAUUGAGCGCAUUGAGCGGGUCCUUGCGAAGGACGGUGGAAAGUAUGAAAAGGUUCAGCUGACGAAAGUGCACCGCGGAAACAAACGCACGCACUGUGUCGCGUCGACGACGAUAACCUGGCUCCUCGCGUUCCCGUUGCACUUUGUGCACCGAGCGCGAGACCGAGAGCUCUCGUCGUGCGAGAUUUAAAAAAUCGGCUGGGUAAUCGCGUGUGUACGAGUCGCAGUCGGUCGGUCGGUCACGUUGGCAGACGGUGAUCAACGGUGGUGAUCUUGUUAAUGCGUCUUGCUAUUGUUGCAGAGUCAUUCGUUAGUUAACACAUACACUUGCAAGCACACAUUAGAGGACGUGUAAAAGACUCACAAACACUACAAAUAUGUUUAUUUGGGACUGGUUUGCUGGAGUGCUCAACUAUCUGGGAUUAUGGAAGAAGAGUGGCAAACUUUUAUUCCUAGGUUUGGAUAAUGCGGGCAAAACUACAUUGCUUCAUAUGCUCAAGGAUGAUCGUUUAGCCCAACAUGUGCCCACAUUGCACCCAACAUCCGAAGAAUUAUCUAUUGGAAAUAUGAGAUUCACAACUUUUGAUCUUGGUGGUCAUACUCAAGCACGUCGUGUUUGGAAGGAUUAUUUCCCAGCAGUAGAUGCAAUAGUGUUUCUUGUCGACGCAAGCGAUAAAACAAGAUUACCAGAAUCAAAAGCUGAGCUGGAUGCGUUAUUGACUGAUGAACAACUCAGUGCGUGUCCAGUUCUUGUACUGGGCAAUAAAAUUGACAAACCAUCUGCAGCUUCUGAGGACGAACUCAGAAAUUUCUUUAACUUGUAUGGACAAACAACAGGAAAGGGUAAAGUUGCUCGUAGCGAGAUACCCGGCCGUCCACUGGAACUAUUCAUGUGUUCAGUUUUGAAGCGACAAGGAUACGGAGAGGGCUUUCGUUGGCUUGCACAGUACAUUGAUUGAAGUGUACAUUAUCACAUAAUUCGACCGAAAGAUUCCAACAGUUUCAUACAUUUCCUUUUUCUUUGGUAAUGGUGUCACUAUCGGAACUGUAAUAUUCUUUACACGUGUCGAAAAUUUAGAAGGAAAAAUGCCAUUUCAUCGAUCAUCAAAACAAAAAAGAAAGAUAAACAGUAAUCGAAAUUCUCUCUCUUUCUUCCUUUCAAAGCAUUUUCCACAAAUAGAGAUCAUGAAACGAGUAUUCUGAGAGCAAGUAUCAGCGAUUGAUACUGAUAAGAUUGAUUUCUUCCCUUGAUAAUAACAUGAAACUAGAAAAGCAUCAAUUUUGUCUUUUUUCUUUUUUUUUUAUUUUUUUCAUAUAAAAUGCUUUAACAAUUAUGAACAGAAUUCGUGGAAUUAUUUCGCGAAUCUAGGUGAAUUAUUAUAACAAACUAAAGGAGGUAAAACAAAUGAAACCAUUUUUUGAUAAAUAAAACAACAAACUAUUUCAAGGACUUAUUGUUCUCUAAGUGUUUUGUAAAUUUAUGUUGUGUUUUAUUAACACUUGUCUGAUGAUAUGUGUUGACAAUUUAGUUUCCGAAAAACAAUUAUGUAAAUACGAAAUUAUGAAAUUUAAACUGAUUUGCUAACUUUUCCGCGUAUGUAUUUUGUUUGAUUUAUCAAGCUGUAGAUUACUACUUUAAUAUCACAUUGAAUGGUGUUGCUACAUACUUACUAUCUUAAAUUUUUAUUACUGGUGAAUGUACGUUAUGUUUUGAAUUUUA